AUGGAGGACCAUUCGCACGAAAGACACAUUCAAUUGACCCAUCUGCCGACUUUGGAUGAGAUUGAUCAUGGGAAGACGGAGGCAGCAGUAGUGAAGAUUCUAAGCAAAGCCGUUGCUUUGCAAUUGAAACCCAUGAAAGCGGAUAUCUCUAAAUUUGCAUUUGAACAUUUGAUGAUACUUAUUGAUGACCAAUUAAACGAUAUGAUAGGACAGUUACACAGGUUUAGUAAUGUACAGAGACGUGAGUCGAUAGCGAAGGGAGACGUGCACCUUUUCCUCCAAGGUUACAACUUGACCCCAGCCGACCUAGAUAAGCAGCAUCAGGCUUCGCAGUAUUACUCCAAAACAUAUGGUAAGGAGUUUGAUUCUUUACACAGUUUGAAGGAGACUUUUACCGAUGCAGUGGUAGAUGAGGAUAACGGUUCCGAGGAUGUCAUCAACGAAUUAGUACGUCCGAACAAUCCACUAAUAAGAUACAUACCGAAAUGGAUGCCCGCAUUUCCGCCUGAUCACACUUAUAAGUUUACGCCUCAGUAUAAUCAACCGAUUACAGAUGAAACAAUUAUUAGAAGAAGGAUUGUGGACGAAGGUAAGCAGUCAGAAGUUGCCCUUUUGCACCUUUUGAAAAAUAUGAAUCCACCAACACCUUCAUCAGAUGCGGAUGGGGCAUCAUAUGAUGAGGCGCUAGUCAGGGAAGAAACAGCGGCAAUCUAUGGCAACGAGCAAAAGAAGAGGAAGAAAAAUGCGUCUAGUUCAUCUGAUUUACUGUCGAAGUUACCGCAGACCAAUUUCAGCAUCGAAGAAUACGCCCGUAGUCGUGUUGAAAUCGCAAGAAAGAAAGUUGUAGAAUACGAGGAGAGGCAAAUGAAAUUGCAAAGAAACCCGUUCAUCAAGUAUUCGAAGAUUGCACUAUCAAAUUCAUCCGACAAAUCAGGCAGGCGGCAGGCCACAAGAGAGAUACACUCGAUGCUGCAGAGAUCUCUUCAACACCUAAUAAAAAGCAUACCUGAAUUGCAAAUGACUAAGCAGGAUGCACGCAGGAAGGCUGAACAAAAGAGAGAUGAACGGUUACAAGAGCUGCGAGAUAAAAAAGCUCAGAAGCUUAAAAAUUUCACAGAUCAACAACUGGAGAACGGGGAUAUCAAUUUGCUGGAUCUGGAUGAAAACAACGACGAUUUCUUCAACUACUCUGGAAGUGAGGACGAGGAUUUGCCGCAAGCAGAGUUUGAGAACCCAUCGAUGACGAAUGACAUUCCGGUGCCCAAUCUUCCUACUCCAGCGCCCGAGGAACAUUCACGGGCAGAGGCACAGUCACAUUCGGAGGUUCAACCAGUGAUAGAAUCAAAUGCGCAACCAGAAGCACAAGCACAGGCACAAUCAGAAUCUCAAGCACAAGCAGAAUCAAUGGCAGAAGUGGAGCAACAGACGCCUGCACAGAUGGAAACACAGGUAAUGCCAGAGGCUGAAUCACACCAAGAACGUUCAAGUGUUGAAUCACAACAUGAAUUGGCAAGUCCACCAGAAGUCGACGCGCAACCGCAAGAACAGGAAAGCGAUGAAGACGACACUAACUUCCUUUUUGAUGAGUCGAUUACAACAGAACAACAAGACGAAAUUCAGCUAUAA